AUGUUCAUGCAAGCCGACGAGAUCGCCGUGCCCCUCGAACACGACGUCGCGAAGCUUGCCAACUGGCGGAGCUACUUCCACAGCAGCACAGACCCGAACCCGGAGGCCUGGAGGUUCACGCUCGAGAACCUAACUCGGCUGAUCGACCCGAGGUACGGACGAAGUCAAACUGGGUUUGAAGAGCCACAAAGCACAGUUUUCCGGACGGCUGGGAUACAGAUCGCAACAACGACUGCGAAGGGCUGA